AUGCAGGCGCUCCCGCCGCCGGGGCCCGGGCCCCUGGCCCUGCUGGACACGACAGAAGCCUUGGCGAGACGAAAGAAGACGUCCCUGUGGUUUGUGGGUUCUCUGCUGGGGGUGUCCACCUCCAUCCUGACGGUCGGCCUCGCCGCCACCACCAGGACGGAGACCGUGACCGUGGGAGGCUACUACCCUGGGAUCAUCCUGGGCUUCGGAUCUUUCUUAGGAAUUAUUGGCAUCAACCUGGUGGAGAAUAGAAAGCAAAUGCUGGCGGCGGCCAUCGUGUUCCUGGGCCUCGGCGUGGCGGCCGCCUUCUGCUGCGCCAUUGUGGACGGCGUGUUCGCCGCGCGUCACAUCGAGCCCAGGCCCCUCGCCGCGGGCAGGUGCCAGUUCUACUCCAGUGGGGUCGGCUACCUGCACGACGUCUACCAGACGGAGGUCACCUGUCACUCCCUGAAUGGCAGGUGCCAGCUGAAGGUGAAGAGCAACACCUGCUACUGCUGUGACCUCUACGACUGCCAGGGCGCCGAGCACUCGCCCACCUACUACGAGUUCGUGGACGUCCGCGGCUGCCAGGACGUCCUGCACCUGUACCGGCUGCUCUGGGCCUCUGUGGCGCUGAACGUCCUGGGGCUGUUCCUGGGCAUUGCCACCGCGGCCGUCCUGGGGGCCUUCAAGGACAUGGUCCCUCUGUCCCAGCUCGCCUACGGCCCGUCUGCAGCACCUCAGGUCCUCUACAGCCCCGCCCAGCAGACCCUGGCCUGCACGGGCUUCUGCCUGGUGCCCCCGGCCAUCCCCACCUGCUCGUCCUACCCGCUGCCCCUCCAGUCCCCUGGCGGCUUCCCGGCCUUGCCUGGCUCUGACCUCUCCCUGCCUGAGGACGCGCAGCCUCCGUCCCAGCCCAGCGCCAGCUGCCGGCUCCCCCCCAACGCCGCCCCCAUCUACGCCCCCACCCGCCUCCUCCCUGGGGAGAAGCCUCCCCCCUACGCACCGUGA